AAUCUCAUCUAUUAUGUAUUUACUUCGCCAAGGACUUGCUCUACGUGGUCAGUCGGAUGAAAACUGUAAUUUGAUUCAACUAGUAAAACUUCGAAGUAUUGACCAAGAUUGUUUGAAAGAUUGGAUUGAUAACAAAAAAUAUUUAUCACAUGAUAUCGUCAAUGAAAUAUAUAAAGAAAUCUAUUUAACAAUUAUUCGAGAUAUUGUUAAAGAAGUAUGUGAAAUUUAG